AAACUACAUGCAGUCCCUCCUCUGUACCUGGUUACCAAUUUCAUUCUUAAAAAGCAAACAAAACAACACGAAAAUUCCCAGGUUCUGAGAAAAAGAACAAAAAUGAUGGUGUUGGCGAAUUCUGGUACGGGGCUUAGGAAACAGGUUUUUCCCGUAGAUUACGAAACAGAGAUUUCGCAGCGUCUCGUAGACGCUGCUCACUACGGUGACACAGACGCUGCGUUCGAAUGCAUCGCGAAUCCCUUGGUGGACGUUAACUUCGUCGGAACGGUGUCGUUUAAGUCCAAAACGACGGAGAUCGUGCUGCAGGACGAGUCGCCUCACAGAGUUAACUCGGCGUACGAGGAGUUCAAGACCGAGCUCACUGCUCUGUUUUUGGCUGCGCACACAGGGAAUUUGUCACUCCUCCGGAAGCUUCUGAAUGUUGGAGCAAAUGUAAAUAUGAGAUUGUUCCGGGGCUAUGCCACAACAGCAUCAGUGAGAGAAGGGCAUCUAAAAAUAUUGGAGGUCCUUAUCAAUGCUGGGGCGUCACAACUUGCAUGCGAGGAGGCUUUAAUGGAAGCAAGUUACUUGGGGAGGGCCAGGUUUGCUGAACUACUCAUGCAGUCCAACAUGGUUCGUCCUCAGGUAGCAGUUCAUGCUCUUGUCUCUGCAUGUUGCAGAGGCUUCGUUGAGGUUAUUGAUGUACUCAUCAAGCAUGGAGUGGAUGCCAAUGCAAUCGAUAGGAUUUUGCUUCAAUCUUCAAAACCAUUUCUUCACGCUAGUGUUGAUUGCAAUGCAUUAUUCGCCGCUGUGGUCAGCAGGCAGAUUAAUGUAGUUGGAUUACUGUUGCAGGUUGGCGUAAGGCUUGAUAUCAAGGUCAAACUUGGGGCCUGGUCGUGGGACACGGAUACAGGAGAAGAAUUUCGUGUGGGUGUUGGGCUAGCUGAGCCUUAUCCAAUCACAUGGUGUGCUGUGGAGUAUUUUGAAUCCACUGGUGCUAUAUUGCACAUGCUUCUCUGCCAGCUCUCGCCUAAUAGCUUGCACACUGGGAGGAGUCUCUUGCACCAUGCUAUCAUUUGUAACAAUGAAAAAGCUGUAAAUAUACUUCUAAAGAACGGUGCUGAUGCAGAAGUGGUAGUGCAAACCACAGAAGAAACCAAUGAACACCCUAUUCACAUGGCUGCACGGCUCGGGUCAUGUAACAUUCUUCAGUGCCUGAUUAAUGGUGGUUGUAACUUGGACUCUCAAACAAAAUGUGGAGACACAGCAUUGAUGAUCUGUGCAAGGUACAAACAUGAGAAGUGCCUUGGAGUCCUAGUAUCAGCAGGUGCUGAUUUGGGUAUGGUAAAUUCAUCUGGUCACUGUGCAACUUCAAUUGCAAACUGUGUUCAGUGGACUAAAGUCUUCCAGAGAGCAAUCUUGGAUGUAAUCAGAGCCGGGAAGGUUGUUAAAUCAAGCAACACCUCUAGAUUUUCCGCUUUGUUAUUUGUAACUCGUGCAAAUGAUAUAGAGGGUUUGAAGAAACUCAUUGAAAAUAAUAACAUCGAUCUAGAUGAGCAAAAUGCAAAUGGAUUUUCAGCUGCUAUGAUAGCUGCUGUAGGGGGCAAUGUGGAGGCUUUCAAGUUACUUCUUUAUGCUGGGGCUGAUGUGACUAAUCUUAAAAACAAGUAUGGUUUGACAGCCCUUAACCUCAUAGAUAUUAGCCAAAAUGGUGAAGUGUUCCACAAGGUGAUGCUUGAAUAUGCACUUAAAAAGGGAGGCAAUGGUUCGAUUGAGGUGAAUCCUCUCCACCGUGCAGCUUGCUAUGGGGACAUAAACAUUGCUCACAACCUACUAAAAGAAGGGUAUGAUGUCAAUGCUUUUGAUGGUCAAGGAUAUACCCCUUUGAUGUUAGCAGCAAGAGGAUGCCGCGGCGAGAUGUGUGAGCUUUUGAUCUCUUAUGGAGCUAAAUGUGAUAUUCAGAAUGAGAGGCACGAGACAGCACUUUUACUUGCAAGAGAAAAUGGAGCACGAAAUGAUGCAGAACGCGUGAUAUUGGAUGAGGUAGCUCGAAAACUAGUCUUGCGUGGUGGUCGUGUUAAAAAACAUACAAAGUGUGGUAAAGGUUCACCUCAUGGUAAGUUACUAGUGAUGAUUGGAGCUGCUGGAAUCUUACGUUGGGGGAAAUCUAGUAAGAGAAACGUGAUUUGUAAAGAGGCUGAGGUUGGACCAAGUGCGAAAUUUCGAUGGAAUCGCAGGAGGAAGUUUGAUGUUGAUGAGCCAGGAAUGUUCCAUGUGGUCACUACAAAAAAUAAGCAGGUACAUUUUGUGUGUGAAGGUGGGGUUGAAAUGGCUGAAUUAUGGGUAAGGGGGAUUAGAUUAGCAACUAGAGAAGCCAUUUUUGGUCAAAGAGCUGAUGAAGUUUGAAGGGACCAUGGUUAGAAAAAACAUAUAUAGAGAAGAUUGUUACUUAGUCGUAGAAGUACUUGUAUUCUUGGUAAUACAUAUCGAUUUCAGUUUUUUAGAUGUAUUAGUUUUGACUAGACGUAUUUCUCUCAAAAAAGAAAAAGUUUUGACCAGA